GGUUUUGCUUAGUUAGUCCGUGUAAGUCCGUUCGUUAUAUAGUUUGUAAUAUAUUAUUUUGCAUUUUCUUUUGCGGAAUAAUGGAAUCCAUACGUAACCUGUUAAUUUGUUGGCUCACCAUUCAACUUAUCACUUUUCUUUCGGUUCGUGCUUUGCCUGAGGAGGACAGUGGUGAAUUAUACGAUGACGAAGAAACUGAGGUUCGCUCGGUGCUUACUUGCCCACCCAGUGUUGUAUGCCCUGUUGGUCAAGUAUGUAUCAUGUACAAGUACCCGCACUGCCACAUUCCCGAUGUCACAAUAACCACGACAACUCCUGUUAAAAUAACAACAACAAGGGGUCCAAGAAUAAACUACUGUGAAAACAACAUUUGUAGGAUCGGCAGCACGUGUGUCCCGGGUAAUUUACCCGGCAGUUACAGCUGUCUUUGCGUUCCUGGGACAACUGGGAGAUUUUGCGAGGUCCAGUCCUGCACUUUGUUCUGUCAAAAUGGUGGAACUUGCCUUAUAAACAAGCUAAAUGUGCAGCAAUGUAACUGUCCGGCCGGUUGGUAUGGUAAGACUUGUGAAAGCAAGGGCGAGGCAUGCUCUCCAAACCCUUGCCUAAACAAUUGCAACUGCGUUCAGUCUUGUAUGCACGAAGGAGGAUUCUACUGUGUGAGCACAAACAUGCAAUAUGCUGGCAAAACCUGCAGCGACCCCGUGCCACGAUUAGAGUGCCAAUACGACCGCAUGAUCAUGAGAGUAGAUCCUAGUUUGGUUCGAAACUUCGACAAGCAAGGGGGCAACACCUACCUUUACUCCUCGGAUUCUUACAAUAAUCACCAGAGAUCGUCUACUUGUCGUGCAAAGAUGGAGGGUGGUAUGUACAUGGUUGCCAUCUCAUUCCCGUUCACCAGUUGCGGCACAGUCGUAACCUCAGCACGAAGGGGUGACGACGGUACGAUGUCAAACAGCUUCACCAAUAAACUAUGGUUGAACAAAGAAAACAAUGUUUAUGAAAUGCCAUACCCAAUAGCAGAGUUCACUUGCACUUAUGGAUACGAAUAUAACUUCGUCACAUCUCUAAGUCCCACGGUUCAGCCAAUACGCCAUGUGCUACAGGACGAAGAGCUUUUUGAUUUGUCUGCUUCUCUGUGUAAAGUAAGCACUUGCUUACGCACUUGUCCAGCACAGUACAUGCUGACGGGCAGGGCAAUUUAUACCGUUGGAGAAAUUCUCCAUGUUCGUUUUGAUCUCAACCAACGUGUCAUUGCAUCGAACACAAUGGUCGCUUCCAUAGAGAACUUAUACCUUGCAUGUUCUGCUGAUAAUUCACCUGGUGACCAAGUGGAUCUUGUACUUUCUGGGUGCUCGGUUGUUGGAACACUUUUCCCAACGACGGCAAACAGCUUAACGUCGACAUACGCCUGCUUUUCUUUUAUGGUUCCAAGGUUUAAGAACUGCGUCGAAAUUUACAUUCACGCCAACAUUCGCAUGUGUCGGUCAACUGACGUCAUCAAUGAUUGCGGUGGUAAGCCUCGAUGUCGUUCCAAUGCUCGACGUGCUGUUGGCGGCGAAACUAUUCUUGGCCCAAUAGCAGUGGUAGACGGGUUGGACGGUUUAAGCACAAUCGAGUUGUAUCCUGGGGCGAAUGAUUCAGUGGUUUUGAAAUACAACAAAGUUCCAGAUUUCACCGGUGUUAGAGUUAAACCUUCCAUCGUUCAACCAACUCCUUCCACUGCUGCGGAAGCAGAUAAGAACUACAGCAUUUCACUCGUAAUCAUCCUAUCCCUGAUUGUGGCGGCAACCUGCAUGGCAUUAUUCGCAUUGUGUUGUAUGAUGAGAAACACUGAAUCAACUUCGGAUUCUGGGAAAGCCGAAGAUUCAACUUUAUAAAUUAUCAUCAUUUUUUCAACUGAAGUUCCAUAUUUAAAACAAAAAUAAAUUUACUUUCUGAU